AUGAGUGCCUCAACUGCGGCCGAUGAGUUCGCUCGCAUGACUUCGGGUUCAAAAGGAGAGGGUUCCCACCCUCAUCCCGAGGACAUUCUCGAAGCAUCAAAAGGAAAACAUACAGAUUAUUCACACUCAGACAAAGAAAGCAGCAACGGCAGUGCCGGAACCAACAGUGAUUUAGACGAGCUCGACGACAUUGGCAAUUCCUCAGACGACUCUCAUAGAAAAGCAUCCUCAUCCAAGAAAACGACCUAUAUUCAUAAAAAGACAGGCUCUAUUGCCCCUUCCAUCCGACCAGCGUCGAUCAUAGACACAAUGCCUCAGUACAGAUUAGCAUCAUAUGGUGCUGCAAACACCGGCCCAAAGGGUGUCCUGGCAGAUGCUAGGAGUUUUGAAAUUGCAAAGAGAAGGGAGAUGCAGGCUAGACAAGCCAAUACACACGGUUACAAGACUUCGAUUGAUAUUCCCGGAGUCCCAAGUGUCCAGGCUCGUCUAUUAGACGACAGAAUGCGACAGUCAGACAACUCUGACGACGAUGAUGAGUUGAUGCAGGCCUGGAGACAGAGAAGGCUGCAGGAACUUAAGUCAGGACCCAACUUCAACCGUAAGAAGGUUGCCACUGGACGCCGAUAUGGAAAGCUGGAGACCGUCGAUGCCAACGGAUACCUCGAUGCCAUCGAGAAGGUCACAGCAGAUACCGUUGUAGUUGUUCUCAUAUAUGACGAUAGGUCAUCCGAGUCUCAGUUUGUUGAAGACUGUAUUGGUACCCUAGCUAGACGACAUGUUUCCACCGGCUUCGUCAAGCUUCAUUAUACCGAGGCCGAGAUGGACCGAAAGGUUGUUCCUGCUCUUCUCGCAUACAAGGGUGGCGAACUUAUCGCCAACCUUCCUCGUAUCGUCGACGAGAUCCCUACCGGACGCCCAUUGAGCUCCGAGAGCUUAGAGACUGUCCUGAGAAGACACAAUGCUUUGACUAGCAGCAAUAGAGACAACACUAUCACGAGUUCUUCUGCUUCCGCCUCCGCAGCCGGUUCGCGCACAUCUCUCUACAACUGGGAUGAAGACUAA